UCCAUGGUUUGAUGGAAGCUUUGUUGAAGGUGAGGUUGUUCGAGAUUUUACUUGUAUGGAUUAUGUGAUGGGGUUUUAAGUUAAAACCCGUGGCUCAAACUUUGUCAUCUUUCUUCCUCAUCUUCUCUCCACUCUCAUUCAAUCUCUUCACGAUUAUCCGCAUCUUAGUGAUCUUCACCCUUCUUCUCUCUACUCCCCUGCUCUCUCAACUCCGCCCCUCCCAAUUAUGUCCAAGAAAGGGCUUCCCGGUGGAGCCCCGCUUUCAAAGGACGCCCCUUGGAGGGCCUCCGGCAAACCCAUUCCCAAAAUCAACCAUGCUCCUCUGCUCCGCAUUUCCCAAUCUCCCUUUUCCAAUUACGCUCUCUCUGUAAUGAAGCAUCCUGAUCCUAUUGGAAGUGGCUUGGCUACGGAUGCCAUUUUGGAAGCCGCUGGCCCUGAUUGUAUUGUGCCUGGACAAUCCGCACCUGUUAAAUUGCUUGGUCUCAAGGUAUGGCCCAUUGAUGUCGAUCUGAAGUUUCUUGAGCCUGUUGGCCGUGAGCUUAAAUUACUUGGAAAGUUUAUGGAUGAUGCGGUGGACCUCAUGAACAAGUCGUUUAUUGAUCGCUAGACAUGGCAGUUCUAAUCGAUGAUGAAAAGUUGCAUAGAAGCUGCAAUUUUAGCUGGCUCUAUGAGUGGCAACUUAUACACCGGAAUUGUCUUUUGAUGAUUGACUCUUAUUACUAAAUCUUCACAUGUAAAAACAGUCUCUGGCCUCUGAAAGCGGUUUCGUUACUCCCGUUUCUGUGGCUUUUCAUUUUGACUCUCAAUAGUGAAGUGCCUUGUAAGGGUUUUCCAUGGAGUUUUGAUUGAUAAAGGUUAUUGUGUAAAAUAAGCAUUAAUCAAUGGCUCAUCCAAUUUUCACCCU